UCCCAGCCACGUCCUGCCCCACAGGCUCCGCGCAGGCCCCGCCUCGCCCCACCUCUCGCCCCCAGGCCUCACCCCUAAUUCUCAGGCCCUGCGGGGUCCUGGCUCCGACCCCCUCUGGACUCCGCCCUCCCCACUGCUCCGCCCCAGACUCCGCCCAGGGCCCCCCCGCCCCGCUUCUCGCCCGAAAGCCCCGCCCCACGGGCGCAGGCUGAGCCGCGUGGGUCCCGAGCGGCCGCGGACGUGGGCGCAGGCCUGCGGGUCGCCACCGCGCUCGGGUGUGGCACAGGGUCGGGCUCUGAGCGGCUGAGAGCCUCGCGCACAGCAGCUUCCGGAUGUGGCCGCGCAGAACCAAAAGAGAACACGGCAUUCCUGGCCCAUAAGGAAGGAGAGUUUUCGUCUGUGAGGGAUGGUCCUGGCGCAGCAGCAGCGGCCAGAGAGUGGGGCAGAGUGUGAACCACAGCACUGAGCGAGCGGCGGGCUCUCUGUCCCCAGCCAGCAGGAUGGGCCCUGUGGGCAGACACGGCCCCUCGGCCCUGCCGGUCCCCACGGGAGGGUCGUGCCUCCUCCUCCUCUUCUGCCUGCGCCUGGGCGCCUCUUGCCCGCAGAGCUGCCAGUGCCCCGACCACGCCGGGGCCGUGGCCGUCCACUGCAGCGCGAGGGGCCUGCAGGAGAUCCCCAAAGACAUCCCCCUGGACACGGUGCUCCUGAAGCUCGAUGCCAACAAGAUCGCCCGCAUCCCCAACGGAGCCUUCCAGCACCUGAGCCACCUGAGAGAGCUGGACCUGUCUCAGAACGCCAUCGAGACCAUCGGCCCCGCCGCCUUCUCGGGCCUGGCCGGGGGCCUGCGGCUGCUGGACCUGUCCCACAACCGUAUCCGGAGGAUUCCCAAGGACGCGCUGGGCAAGCUCAGCGCCAAGAUCCGCCUGUCCCACAACCCCCUGCACUGCGAGUGCGCCCUGCAGGAGGCCCUGUGGGAGCUGAAGCUCGACCCCGACUCGGUGGACGAGAUCGCCUGCCACACCUCCGUGCAGGAGGAGUACGUGGGGAAGCCGCUGAUCCAGGCGCUCGACGCCGGCGUCAGCUUCUGCAGCGUCCACCACAAGACCACCGACGUGGCCAUGCUGGUCACCAUGUUUGGCUGGUUCGCCAUGGUGAUCACCUACGUGGUGUACUACGUGCGCCAGAACCAGGAGGACGCCAGGAGGCACCUGGAGUACCUGAAGUCCCUGCCCAGCACCCCUGUGUCCAAGGACCCCGUCAGCCCUGCCCCCUAGUGCCUGCCGGCUCAGGCGGGCUGCGGCCCACGUCUCGGCCGCCCCUGCUGUAGCCCACGGCGACUGAGUCUCGCUUGGCCGCCCCCCCCCAGCGAGGUGGUGACGGGGCCUCUUCCGGGCGGUGCUUCACUCUUACAGGGCACGUCUCCGAGGACUUCUCGUGGCUGCAGCGCCCUUCGGGUCCGGCAGCUCUGCCAUCAGAUGUGCUGACGGAGGAGGAGACCGAGGAGACCGAGCCGUGGAGAGAAACGGCCAGGAAAUGAGCAGCUGGAACAGUAGACCAAGCCGUCUGUCACGAUGCUCGUGUCCCUUCCGCUCAGGGAGCCUGUCCCACGGGGCGCCCCAGGGUGGACUAGCGUUCAGAGCAGGAAGGGUGGGUGCCCUCGAGUGGGGCUGCCCCAGGAGGACAGGCGCCUGUUGUCGGUCGAAGGCACAGGUGGUCUCCACUGCAGACUGGCCGCCGUCGCCUCCCCAGCAUCUCCUGAGCACCCUCGGCCACAGGACUCCCUCCAGGGCAGACGCCGAGAGACCGGGUGUUUUCUCGGGAGGGAACUGCAACGUGCAACCUUUGGACAACUUUGUUUAUUCUCAGAAUGUUUGUUCAGAGUCACGCUUGUACCAAAACUUCAGUCCAGGGAGAAGGAAACCAACCCCACCCCCACCCCCGAAAAAACAGCCGUGGAGAGAAACGUGAGAAAGUUCCAGCAGGGCUCAUCAAGGGGGCAGUGCCAGCAGCCAGACAUGCGAGGCCCUGCCCCGGUUCCGGCCUCUCAGGCUGCGCCCCGCUCCCGGGAGCCCGUUGUCACGGGUCGCUAUGUGCCUUUGCUUUUCAACUCACGGAAGCAGCUCCUUUGCGAAGGACAGGGGGACCGACGCCAGACGGUACAAGGCUGCUCAGCGGAUGCUUCCUUCCUGCCUCCAGCGACAAGAACUCUCUCUCUCUCCUUUCCAGCUUUGCUGCCAGGAACCUCAGAGCUACUUUACUGCUCAUUUUCUUACCUACUUGGUGUUCAGGGUAGACCUCACCUCCGCCGGGACAACCCUGAUAGCGUCUUUCCGAUUUUAUUUUUUUACGGUCUUUUGUAUGCGUGUUUAUAUUUUAAACGACUUCAGAUAUACUGGGGGGGAAGCAAGUUAGGGGUACGUGGCUUACGGAGCUAAGGGAUAAAGGACGGAAGCCUCCUGGAGCAGAUGCUUAGAAAGGAUGAAGGUGGAGGGAGGCUCGUACUUGGAAGAUGCCCUGUGGCUUUGCAGUGGGAAGCACACUUCCGCGCUGAUGCAGAGACGCGGUGUGUGUAGCCUCAGGACCAGCAGCUGUAGCCAGACCCGAAAGGCACGUCCGGACAAGGUCAUGCGUUUGCAGUUAUAGGAGAAAGGACCGACAGGUUCCAGCACCCUCCCACGCCUGUGGUCCCAGGGUGCUGGUGUGCAUAGCAUGCACCGUGUGGACGGGGGCUCUGUGCUUCUCUGCCUGCCCCCCAGACCAGGGGUGAGGGGUGGGAAGCAGGGCUCAGACGGUGCACCCAGUGAGGCCGGUCCUCGGGGAAAUUGACGGCCCGCCCACCCGCCUUUCCAGUGGGAGCUAAAACCAAGCAGCCAGCCCGGGCCAAACCCAUGUGGACCAGGUAAGUGUGGCUGCUGGCUGGCCAGCGGGACACGGGCUCUGGGGGGAGCCCGCUCUGCCGCCCCAUCCCCCUGGGCGCGCACAGCAGGAAGAGCGUUUUGCCCUGUGGAUGGGACCGGGGUGGGGCGAGAGCUGACGGAGGCCUGGAGGGAGAGGGCAGGUGUCAGUGUCCCUGCUGCAGCCCUGCCCCCGGGGCCUUACCCUGCCCCCAGGGAACCCUGCCCUUGCUCUAACCCAGCAUCAGCCCAGAGCAGGGGCGCCAGCCCUCCUGCCCUUGGUGCGUGCCUUCCUGCUGGGAGGAGGAAGCGGCUUAGCACCCCGGCACACGGGAAGGGCCCUCUCCUCAUCCCGAGUCCAGAGUCGGGGCCGCCGGGACCCCCUGGCCUUUCUGGCGGAGUCUCCUGGGAGAAGGUGCCUCCCUGCAGAGACCAGGGCCCGGAAGCUCCUUUCUGCCCAUGGGAGCUCCCAACCCUGGAGCCUCCUGGGGUGCAGCCCACCCCUCCCUCCUUUUCUCCCCCCACCCCCCAGCCCCUCCCCCCCACCCCCGUUCCCUCUCCUUUCCCUUAAGAUGACACCCUGCCUGGGCCACCUCGUUCCCUGCCGACACCCCCAUGAGCCCUCGGGCUGACUGCCUGCCCUGGAUCCAGCGCCCGGGGCCUGGCCAGAGCAGGCCUUUCGCCCCGUCCAGUUCUGCCAAGGCUGGCUGGGUGCGGGCUGGCCCCACUGAAGGGACAGGUGUUGGCAGGGGUGGGCACGUGACAAAGAGGUGCCUCAGUCGGGCACAGUGGGGUGAUAGCCUUUGUGGGACCCGGGAGUCCCCUGACUGUCACUACGAUCCGGGUAAGGGGCCGCAGGGAGCUACGCGCCCCUGGCCCGCUGGACGCCCCCUGCCAAGCCCCUCUAGCCAGGGGAGGUAGUGCUACCCCAGUCUGGGGGUCGCGGUGGGAUGGCACUGAGAUUCCUCCUUGGGGCAGAGGGUGGUGUGGACAGACUGGCCCCAGAGCCGCCCAGCCAGGCUCCUCCACCCGUGGGAAUCGAGGGGUCUUGCUUCUAGAGGGGUCAGAGGGGAGGGGCAGUGGGGGGCUUGUGGGGCCACUGCUCUGGCUGGGCUGGGGUGAGAUUUCCUGCUCUCUCUGCCCCACCCUCAUCAUGAUGGUUCCCCUGGAAACCAGAGCCCCACCCGCCACCCUGGGAGGGGAUGCCCCCACUCAGAGCCUCCCGACACCCGCCCUUCCCUUCUGGACUCUAGGGCCCCCAGAGUCCCACCAGAGGACCAGGCCAUCCCGCCCUCGGGUGGUCCAGCGGUGGGGGCUGAGCAGGUGUACGGACACCCAGGUCCGCCCCGGCGGCAGGCGGCAGGACGGCCUCGAGGCUGGGCUGGGAGGGAGCCGCGGCAGCUUCUCCUGGAAGAGCCCUGAUGCAGGAACCAGGGGCGCCCCCACCAUGGGGCCCCAGUCGCCCAGCCCACCUGCAGGGAGAGUGGACGAUUUUAAACUGGACGUGAGACUGGGUGUGUUUUUCUCAAUGGAAAGUUGCUGCAGGCAGGAGAUGGGGCCGAGUGGAGGGAUGAGGACGGGCUGGAGCUCCUGCGCUGGUCGCAUUCACACGGGGUCUGAGAAAUGCGUGGUGCAGAGCCCCCAUCAGACAGGGGCCACGUGGGGCUGGCUGCCUUGGAUGGUCCUCCUGCAUGGUCAGCAGAACGCUGGGCCUCUGCAUAGGCUGGGCAGGAGCAUAGAGCCAGCCUCCUGGGCACUCUGGGCAGCAGAGGGGGCGGGCUCCCGGGUGGGCGCUGUGUGCCGCCUGCCCCUGCUGGCCUGCCCUCCUGCGUACCCCCAGCACCCCCCGGCUCCUGGCUCCGGAGCAGCAACUUCUCCAAGUGUCUGCGGGAGACUUGGAUCCUGGGGAUGGGGGCGGGGGGGGUAGGCUGCAGACCGCGCUGGGAGCGGAAUGUUCUGGACUGGUGGCUCCCAGCCACGGCAGGAACCUGGGGAGUUUUCUGGAGUCGUUUUUCCUGAAAGCUUAUCCUGAAACCUGAUUCCACUGUUCCCCUCACCGUCUGAACCCUUAAUAAACCUCUGUGCUCAACCA